GAAAACGAAACUUACUACGGGGCGAGGGUUGAACCGAAAGUCGGCUCAGACGUUACGGAGACAUGGGAGCAGAGUUUAGGUGAAAGCGGAAAAAAAAAAAUAUGUAAUCGUCUUAUUAUUAUUUUCUUUUUUAAUGCAAUUUGAGUCGACAUCGCUGUUACUGUUGGGGUAAUUUUAUAAUGGAAAACUACGUAGCCAAACUAAACGAGUAUGCGCAGAAAAGACGCUCGUUGCUGACAUUUGAGGAGGUCGGAUCUGUUGGCCCUGACCACAUUAAAACAUUUACCCUACGAGCGGUCGUGAACGGUAAGACGUAUCCUGAUGGCGUGGGGAAAAACAAGAAGGAAGCCAGACAGAAAGCAGCUGAAAAUGCCCUGAGAAGCUUAUUGGAGGACCGAAUAGAUUCUACAGAAAAUGCAGCAGAAAGUUCUCCUGCACCGGUUCAUCAGACAGGCAUCAUUCAAACCAACUAUAUAUGCUGGCUCAAUGAAUAUGGUCAGAGGAACAGGGUGACUAUAAGAGCUGUUGAGUCAACAAAACUGGGACCAAAUAAUGUUACUAUAUGCUGCAGCUUUGUGGUUGGUGAUAAGGAGUAUCCGACUGCCACUGGGAAAACAAAGAGAGAAGCUAAGGAAGAGGCAGCCAAGCUUGUAUAUCAUGAGAUAUGUGGGAGUAAGACUACAGAGACUGUAGAGGAGAAAAACAUCCUAUCAAGUCAACCAGAGAAGGAACUGACUCUAAAUGUGUCAAUCAUCUGUGAUAAGACAAAGAGUUUGAGUGUAACUAAAGUGGACGAAGGUUUUACGGAGACAAAUUUCUGUGGAAUCAUUAACAACUACUGUCAGAAAAGAAAGCUCUUGCAUGAUUACGUCUUAGAGAAAAGAUGCGGUCCACCACAUAACCCUCAGUUUUUCUACAAAUUAGUGAUCGACAAUAAGGAAUACUCUGUGGGAGAGGGCAAGAAUGCCAAGGAUGCCAAACAGAAAGCAGCUCAGCUGGCCUGUGCUGCACUUAAAGAAGAAAGGUCAGACUGGGACAGUAAGCUGUCAGGGUCAGGAGUGUCCGAUGAUAGUGCGGCCAGGCUGUCCACACCACCAAGCACACUGGAGUCCGGUGACACAAAAUCAAAAAGCAUGCCAACGACUUCAAAUGACUCAGUUGUUUUCACCAACUCAUCGAAUCCUCCCAAAGAUCAGGUUCAAAGUCCUGAUGUGAAGCCCAGAAUAAGAAUUGCAGCAAAUUUCCAAAAUGCCCUCAGAAACAAGGACGACAAAAGUAAAGAUAUAAUAACCAAUUUCAAUGGAAAGAAUACAGGAAAUAACCAGAAUGAGAAAACGUCCACACCAUUAAACUCAAGGUUUGCAUCAGAAUAUGACUCCAUUAUGUGCCUAGGCAACGGAGCCUUUGGUGUUGUUUUCAAGGCAAAACAAAAACUGCUGCAGAAGUAUUUUGCCAUAAAGAUCGUCCGCUGCAAAGAAAAAGCUCUACGAGAGGUGGGCGCGUUAUCAGAUCUCCAUCACUCUAACAUUGUUCGAUACUACACGUGUUGGUUGGAGGAUUCAGAAUACCAAUCAAACAAAGCAGCUGACAGUAGCAGCUCUUCACAGUCAACCGGUGAUUCACAGGUGAAGUACCUCUAUAUUCAGAUGGAGCUGUGUGAUACCAAAACACUCAGAGUUUGGAUAGACGAGAAGAAUAUUCAGAACGUGAAGAAAUCUCUGCGAGACUCCAAGAGAAGAGAAGAAAGUCUAACUAUUGUUAAGCAAAUAGUCAGUGGAGUCGAGUACAUUCACUCCAUGAAGCUCAUCCACAGAGACCUGAAGCCUGCCAACAUCAUGUUCGGGCAAGAUAGGGAAGUGAAGAUUGGAGACUUUGGUCUGGUCACUGCUGAGAACAAUGACGAUGAGAACCUCAUCGAGAGAACAUACUACAAAGGAACCCCAUCUUACAUGGCUCCUGAACAGAAAAGCGGGAAAAUAUAUGACCGGAAAGUGGACAUAUUUGCUUUGGGGUUGAUAUAUUUUGAACUCCUUUGGAACCUCUCUACUGGCCAAGAAAAGAAAGCAAUUUGGGAAGAUGUCAGAAACAGGAAACCUCCUCAAGGAUUCUCAUACAAUUUUUGUCACGAGAACCAAAUUAUAAAGUCGAUGCUGUGUGAGAACCCAGAGGACCGACCUGAAGCAAGUAAACUAAAGAUGGAUUUGGAAGAGUACACUCGCACACUUUUAAUGCAUAAAGAUAUGUGUCGCGACAGUAAGACUGUCUGAUUAUUACCAAGACUGCACAAUGAAUCUAACUAUUAUCGUAAACGCAGUAUGACCAAGUGCAGUGUGUGACAAACAGCAUGAUAAUGAAGUACUGUGGUGCUGCAGAGAUGCCCUGGCCAACAAAUCUUGUUCUCCAGAUCUAGAAAAACUUGUUUGUCUGGCACACACACCCCAAACAGAUGUCACCUGAUGAUCUUAAUAGUUUCUUUCAAUUUAUGUGCAGUUGCAAUAUCUAUCAAAGUAACCGGCAAAAGGAUCAGUUAUCACUAGCUCUGCCGAUUAUUACAUGCUCAAGGAGAGCAACAUGAACAGAAAAGAAAUUUGUUUAACCAGAUUUUAGAUUUAUUAAGCAAAUAGGAAGAAAAUAAAGAAGAAACGUUUUAGAGUUUGCUGCCUAGAGACACUGGCUAACACCCACUCAAAUACUGCAGAAGGUAUAAUGAAUAUUUUUGAAUUAACAGGCUGUUUAGUUUGGCGUCCUUGUGGGGCGUCCUUCUUACGGGGGAAGGUGUUAUGACCAAAGUAGUUUUUUGUUUACUUGGCUCUUUGUUUGUAGUUUCAUGAAGCUCCCAAUCAACUAACUCCUGCUAUCCAAUCAGUUGUACCUGAUCCACCCUCACUCUCUUUCUGUCAGCCGGAGUCCUUGCACGCCACUUUGUUUGUUCUUCAUUUCCCUUUUUAUUUACUCAAUAAAUCUAAAUCUGAUUUUCUUUUUUCAUGUUGCUUCGUAAAACAGCGAUUAUGUGAGCAGACGGUGAUCAUUUUGCAGCACGUGACUAUUUAUCCAGCAUUAUAUUCCAUAAUAUUCGUAUCUUGAAAUGUUCGAUUGCGAACAGGAUUGUCACGUUUAAUAACUGAUGAGCUGAUGUGACAAAAUGUAUAAUUAUGCACAAUUUAAUUUAAAAGGAACAUAACCUUGUGCAUUUAUGCAACAUUAUUCACUUUUAACAAAUGAUCUUGUCCUGUGUAAUUUAGUUGUCAACUGGUACUGAAAUAAUGUAUUCUAAACUGAAAAUGGUUAAAUGUGUUUAAAGAGAUGUCACUUUACACCCGGUGUCUUGUGAUGAAUAAGCUGAAUGGAAAAAUAAAAACAUUUGUAACUAGGGUGUAAUAGUCAUUCAUCUUCUGUAAAGUUUGUAUAUGUGCUGUUGUGUUUUGUACAAUUUGUGAAUUUUAGUGGGUGCUGGAAGAUGUGGAGCUUUGUUUUUACAUUAAAAUGAGUCGGCACAGGAAAAA